CGCCAACCAUCCAGAUGCCUUCCCGCAUCUGGACAUGGUGACCAGCACUGGGAUACGGCUGACGCCGGGCAUUGUGUUUAAGGACUUCCGGAAGGCCUACCACCACCUGCUGUGGUUCGAGACCAUCACGAAAACCUCCACGAAGCCGGGAGGGUCGCACACAGGGAUGGGAGGGAGGGUGGAUGGGAUGGUCCAGGAUGCGUUUGAUGCAUCUGUGCAUCUGCCAAUGUGUCUCUGGUGUGUUUGUGUGUGGGUCUUGUGUGUGGUGCAGUACACCGUGCUGCCCGAGUACUACAUUCCUAUCGUCACGCAGUACCUCCAGAUGACCAACGACGAGUUGCGCACCACAGCAGAGUGGAAUGUAAGCGCAGAAACGACGCACCAGGUACACACAUGAAUGCACUCUGAUCACUCCCUCUGUGUGUGUCUGCUGUGUGUGGUUCCUUUCUGUCUGUCAUACGUGGCUCGUGUGACAAAAGUUGGGCGUGUGGGUUGGCGCUUCUGUUUUGUCUCAAAUCAGAGAUUUGAGCAGCAUGGCAAUUGGCUAGAGGCGGCCAGGCAGGAGAAUGCUUGGCCGCUGCUAUCAUAUCGGCCAGCAAGGGGAUGUGCGACUUAUGAGCUGAUUGUUUCCGAUGUGCGACGCGUCUUGAUCAUUCGAAACUCAGACAAAG